AUGGCUCCUGAUAAGCCCGUUAAGAUGGGUAACAAACGCCCCGAAAUGGAAUUCGGCGGCCCUCUUGGGGUCACUGCCCUGAUGAUCGGAUUUCCCCUACUAAUGUACUACAUGUACAUUGGAGCCAUGCUAUACGACGGCCAGCCUCCUCUCCCUACGUCCGAUGAAUCGAUCUCACACUUCCUAGCCCGCCUCAUCGACCUGGCCUACACGCACGCUUAUCCCACCAAGAAAGCAUGGGCUAUGUAUUGGACAUUCCUCGUUCUCGAAGGCAUCGGUUAUCUCUAUCUCCCCGGGGUCUACGGAAAGGGAAAACGUCUCCCGCAUCUAGACGGUAAACAACUCGAUUACUACUGUUCCGCCGUCUCCUCGUGGUACAUGACCAUCGCCGCGGCUCUGGCGUUGCAUUUCUCGGGUGUGUUCAAGCUGUACACCCUUGUCGAUGAGUUUGGCUCGUUCAUGUCCGUUGCUAUUCUCUCGGGGUUCAUCGUAUCUAUCAUCGCAUAUGUAUCAGCUCUAGCCCGCGGCACGGAGCACCGCAUGACAGGUUCGCAUGUGUAUGACUUCUUCAUGGGUGCGGAGCUGAAUCCCCGGUUACUCGGGUGGUUGGAUUUCAAGAUGUUCUUUGAGGUCCGCAUUCCGUGGUAUAUACUGUUUCUGCUUUCGCUGGGGACGGCUUUGAAGCAGUUUGAGGGACUGGGGUAUGUUUCUGGGGAGGUUGGGUUUUUGCUUAUGGCGCAUUUCCUGUAUGCAAAUGCUUGCGCGAAGGGCGAGGAGUUGAUUAUUACCAGUUGGGAUAUGUAUUACGAAAAAUGGGGCUUCAUGCUCAUUUUCUGGAACCUCGCCGGUGUGCCAAUGAGUUACUGCCAUUGCACCCUGUACUUGGCUACGCAUCAUCCGGACACCUAUAGGUGGAAUCGGCUGGCACUGUGUGCACUCUUUGCUGCGUAUCUCUUCGCAUACUGGGUCUGGGAUACAGGAAACAGCCAGAAAAACUUUUUCAGAGCCCAGGAACGCGGCAUCCCAGUCGAUAGAAAGACCUUUCCCCAACUUCCGUGGAAAUACGUCAAGAAUCCGAAUGUUAUCAGAACGAAGACUGGUGAUUCGAUUCUGUGCAGUGGAUGGUAUGGCCUUGCCCGUAAAGUCCAUUAUACUUGCGACCUCUUCUUUGCCACCUCCUGGGGUCUGAUUACAGGCUUCAACUCACCGUUUCCGUGGUUUUAUUCGGUCUUCUUUGCGGUGAUGAUUGUUCAUCGUGCGAGGAGGGAUAUUCAUCGGUGUCGGGAGAGACAUGGGGAGGCUUGGAUGGAGUAUGAGCGCCGGGUGCCGUAUCUUUUUAUUCCGUACGUUAUUUGA